GGGAUUCCAAAAAUUUUAAACAUGAUGUCAAAAGUGACGUCAUAACAUAACAAACUAAAUAAAGAUGGUGACCACAGAAUGUUCCACUUGAAAUUUUUGCUUUUUGUUGGAUUUUGUUGUAAGGUGUUUGGUGAGGAUGGGAACCAGGCUGGAAGAAAUCAGCCGCCAAAUAAAGGAUCGGAUUGCAUCCGGCGGAUAACAACACAAGUGGCUCGUUAUUUUUGGAAGCUGCAGAGCCGACGGAUCGACUACCGAGAGAGAAACAACCGGGUGUUUGCCGACAUCCCUUUCCUUCAUCUGACGACUGUUUAUGGCUGGACAAUGCGAGGGAAGCAGGGGCGGAUAUCUCAGGCGCGGGAAGAUGGCCGGGGGAUCAUCACGGAGUAUAUGAUCCAGUACCUGAAUAGCGACGGAAACUGGACGUACAUUAACAACUCUAAGACUGGUAAACAGAUUUUUGCCAACCUUGGAAACAUUGCCGUCCCUGACACUAUAACGAGCGUCACUCUAGCUAACCCUGUGACGACGCUGGUGUUACGCGUCAUUCCUGAACUCUGGGAUGGCGUCCCCUAUAUGAUGAUGUCAAUCCAGCACUGCGCAGACACCGAUAUAGCCGAAAAGAACCCGAUCUUGCCCCUACAGCUUGCACACAACUCCGUGAAGAAAAAUCUAGAGGAUCAAGUGAAGAAGAAGAUCCAGAAUAAGAUUUCCCGCCUCCAGCAGAAAGUGAAGCUGAUGAAGCAGAAGAUGGCGCAUCAACAUCAGCAUCAUAAUAACAAGGUCCAGACAAUUCACCGAGGGGGAAAGGCUGGCAAACAUAAAUCUGAAAAUCACAGGACUAAUCACAAGAAACAAUUUAGUAAAAGUAAACAUAGGAAACCUAAAAAAGUGAACAAUAAACAGACGAAACAGAAUGGAAAUCACAAAGCUGGAGACAAACACUCAAAAUCAAACGUUAAACAAACCAAAGAAAGACGGAACACCAGACAAGGCACGCUGGUGGACUAUCAUGGGUAUGGUCUUGCAAUUGAUGACUUUGAUGGAAGACUGAAACGUGAACAAGGGAAGGAUGCCAAGAGUAAGGAUACGGACAAACAUAAAACCCAGAACAAAAAUCAAAGACGGAAGGGUAAAAAGACAAAGGGAAACAACAAAAACUCAAAACAAACAAAGAAGCCAGAGAGAAAACACCGGAAAAAUGAUAAACAACAUGGGAAAAGCAAUAAAAAGAAAUCUCACAAAAAAGUUGCCCCAAAACAACCCAAAAAGCAAAAACCUAAGGGAAAACAUAAAGAGGGGAAAUCACACCCAAAGAAGAGCAAAAAAAUCGAUCGAUUGUCCAAGAAAAUUGACAGAACAGUUAAAAAGUUAAAUCAGCUGAAGAAAGAAAUUCAUGAUAUAGACAAAAAACCUCCAAAGAAAGGGUCAAAGAAGGUCAAGGUCAAUAAGCCGCAGACACCUACACCGGAAGUGACGAAAAACAACACGGUUAAGACCGAGGCUGAGAGUGUCGCACCUGCCAAAAACCAGCCAUCACAGAAAUCAGAAGCAAUGAAACAAAUUGAGAAACAAGAUAAUGUGGUCACCAAGACUGCUUACGAAUCCUGUCGGCUAAUGCCCGUCUGGAGAUAUGGCAGCACGAAUUUCCAACCAGACGACACGUUUUCCGCGCUAGCUGACAACAGACAAGCCUGGCGAGCUAUGUACGGACUGGGCAUUCAGCCAUACAGAUUUAGAAUCCCGGAGCGGUAUCAAAAGUCCCGAAAUCAGAAAUACUACCUGGAAAUUGAUUUUAAGAAAAUUACAAAUGUUUUUGGGUUGAAAGUGGCCGGAAGUAGCUCCCAGGCUCAAUGGGGCAUUAUAACAAGGUUCUCUUUAUAUCACAAAAGGAAAGAAUCAGAUCCAUGGCAGGGUUACGUAGAUCAUCUUAACCAGCACCGGGUAUUUGAAAUUGGUUCCCGGGAAAAGGGUAACGCGCAUGCUCCGUCUGUGUUUAAACUUGAUGUACCAGUGACGGCCAAGGCAAUCCGAAUAUAUCCAGAAAGAUGGGUUUCGGCACCCCUCAUGGUUGUAGACCUCCUGACGUGUGAAACCAGCUAUAAACACUAAAAUAUUCAAAGUUGAAUUAACAACUAUAAAGAAUUCAACACAGAUUGGAAGCAAACUAUUUUAAAAAUCAAUAUAACUGACAAAAGCAUUACUUUUGUAUCCCACCAUCCACUAUUCAACAUCUUUUACCCGAAAAGUUAAAGUUGUGACUCAAAUAAAACCUUGAUCUUUACUCAGUAAAUUUAAUAAACUAGUACAAGUACAAGCUAUAAAUAAUUUAAUUGAUUUUAUUCCUUAGCACAAGACUGUAAUUAAGUCCCACCCUCUUUGAAUCCACUUCAUUAAUCACUAAAUCCCCAUUGUCCAGUAUAGAAGUCGUCAUCUCUAAGAAAGGUUAAUAUUUGAAUUACUGAAUCUAGCAGACAAUGCAAAUAAAAAACAAAACAGCUGAUGCUCUCGGUCGUUCAAACUCCAGAUUGAUUUAGAAAGAAGGCUUUGGAAGGUAUUGUUUAAGAACUAUGCUCGCUC